UUAUAUUCUACAAUUAUGACUUGUCUUGGUGUUGGUUUUGCAAUGAAUUCUCAAAGCUUGUUAGUGGUUUAAUUACACGUCUACAAAUGCCACGAAACUAUAAUUGGUACAUCGAUUUAUAGCGACUGUCGAAGUUCUUCGAAGGAAAAUUCUGUGGUCUUUAAUCGGAGAAAAUUCCAUAAAGACGGUUUAUUUAUUCAUAUGAAAUCGCAACAAAUCCAACUUUCUUCUUUGAUGAUAGGUUGGAAAUUAAUUUUAAAGCUAUUCAUCACAAUCGAAUUAUCCCAAGUCCCAAAAUAUAUUUUUAAACAGCUCAAUUGUAUACGUAUAAAAACUAGAAAGAGCUCUUUCCUUAUUAUACAUGUAACUGGGCUUUAAAUUUAAAACGCUCGUGAACACACAACUAUCUCCACAUUGUCCAAUCAUACAAUGUAACCACAAUGUCACUCAAGCUAAUGGGAAACAUACGGUAAUGUGGUUUGGCAAGCGUGAUGUUUAUGGGCAUUCAGGAGGAGCAUUUUGACAUUAUUUAUUUGCGCUGGUAGACAUUUUACUUUAUUAUUUGAAUAGCUAUUGAGAAACUCUACGGUCCUCGAGAUGGAAAAGACAUUUAAAAUAAAGGAGUUCAACGAAUUCAUAACUUGUAGCAUUUGCACUGGAUAUCUUAUUAACGCAUCCACGGUCACAGAAUGUCUUCACACUUUUUGUCACAGUUGCAUCGUGAAACAUCUUGAACAGUACACGCACUGCCCAAGAUGCGAAAAAACCAUCCACCAUAGUCAUCCGAUGAAUUACUUGAGGUUAGAUAGAACGAUGCAAGAUGUUGUGUAUAAACUAGUCCCUGGUUUACAAAAGAGAGAGGGAAAAAGGGUGGAAAAAUUCGCGAGAAAAAGUGCCCCAAAUUCUAAACGCAAAGUCGAAAUAUCACAGAAUUCAGUACCGAGUAAAGUUACUGCACGGGGUACGAUUAAAGAAGAAAAUAAUUACCACAGGCAUGACGAGCAAGUUGCCAUUUGUCUGGAGUGUCAGAGAAUUCCUGAAAACAAGAAAUCGAUAAAACCACUACGAAAAAAGUACCUGAGACUGUCUUCGCAGGCGACUGUUCAAAUUCUUAGAAAAUAUCUCGCCAAGAAAUUGAAUUUGAAAAGUCACACUGAUAUAGACAUAUUUUGUAAUGAAGAACUGCUAGGAAAAGAUCACACUUUGAAAUUUAUAACACUCACUCGAUGGAAAUUCAAGAAAGGACCGUUGAUACUACAAUAUAGGUCGAGCUUGCAUCUUUUUUGAAAAGCGUCUGGUCCUAAAGAAGUUGGCCUUGAUAUUCUUAUACGUCAUGUUACUAUUUAUAUUUAUUGGCCUCAAUAUUCUUAUACGUCAUGUUACUAUUUAUAUUUAUAUAUAUUUACAAGUCUCCACGUUUUGGUGGCUGGCUUGUCGCUCACUAAAAACGAUUUAGCUUAAGAUGCAGAGCAGACUGACCUCAGUCUGCUUCUGAUGACAAAUUGUGUUUAUAAAUAUGUAACUUUUCAUUCAUCGGUAAACUAGUAAACGAUUUAUAACUUGA